UCUUCGCUGGUUGACAUCCAGCAGCAGGACACCGUCCUCCUUGACCUGCGAGCCGAGAUCAUCAAUGGUCUGUCGGCGUCUCCUCGCACGCUGCCCUCCCUGUUGCUGUGGGAUGAGCGUGGUCUAUCCCUGUUCGACCAGUACACAACCAGCUCUGCCUACUAUGUGUACCGGAAAGAGCAGGAGAUCGUCAACCAAUACGCUCUGGAACUGGCCGAUCUGGUUCCGGCAGGGUCCAUCCUGCUUGAGCUGGGAUGCGGGAGCCUGUCCAAAACAGCCGUCCUGCUCGAAGCCCUCGAACGUCUUCAGCGCCCCGUCACAUACUACGCUCUGGACGUUUCCUCUGCCGCUCUCUCGCAGAGUCUGGCCCGACUGACCCAAUCAAUGGGUGUGUGUCGGUUCGUCAGCAUCCAGGGCCUGCUCGGCACAUACGACGACGGACUAGCCUGGCUGCGCAGCAAGUCUUUGUCGGAGAGAACCAAUACCCCAGUCACCAUCCUCUGGCUGGGCAACAGCGUGACCAACUCCGGCCAGCAGAUCGCCCGGGACACCCUCGCCCAGUUCUCCUCCGUCUGUUCCUGUCAGUUCCUGCUCGGCGUGGAUGUGUGUCAGGAUGUCUCGGCCGUGAUGCAAGCCUACAGUCCUGCAGACCCGUCGCAUGCCGCCUUCAUCAUGAACGGUCUCGUCCACGCCAACAAGGUCAUGGGUCAGGAGGGGGACACAUUCGAUCUAGACGACUGGACAUUCACUACGACCUUGAAUCCAACUUCACACUCUCUCGAUGUGGCGUAUUGUCCUCGUCGUGACGUCCAGGUCACUAUCGACGACGACACGAGCCUGUCAAUCUCCCAGGGUACACCUGUCAAUGUGGUCACGAGUGGGAAAUGGUCUGACGAGGAUGUUCGGACUGUUGUUGGCGCUGCCGGGCUACAGGUUCUCCAGGUGUGG